GGUUUCCAUCUUCUCCACCCGGUACAUCUUCGCGCAGAAUCAUCCGGAGUGAAGCCUUCGACCCAACCCACCUCUGGGUCCGGCCUCCUAGCGCAGCUCCCUGCCCGCAUUCGCCGAGGCCCAGCGGGCGUGGCCAGCAGGACCCACUCCCGUUCCCCCACGAGCACCCCCGGCGGUGACGCGCGCUUGGCGCCUAGGCCUUCGCCGCAGCUACCGUUGGCGGAGCGCUCCGGUCUUCGGUUCCCUGCUCCGGGUGCGGCGGCGCGCGAACGUCCUUCCGAGGCCGGGCCUUCGCGCUUGAUCUUCCACCGGGCACCAUGGUGGCGGCGGCCGGCUGGCCGGGAGCAGCCGAUCGCGGCUCGGUGCUCAUCAGCCUCCUUGGGCUGGUGCUGCUGGCGGGCCCUUCCUGGGCCUGGAACGACCCUGAUAGAAUAUUAUUGCGGGAUAUUAAUGCUCUUACUCUUCACUAUGAUCGAUAUACCACCUCUCGUCGUCUGAAUCCGAUCCCACAGCUGAAAUGUGUGGGAGGCACAGCUGGAUGUGAUUCUUACACCCCCAAAGUCGUACAGUGCCAGAACAAAGGCUGGGAUGGUUAUGAUGUACAGUGGGAAUGCAAGACGGAUCUAGAUAUUGCAUACAAAUUUGGAAAAACUACUGUGAGUUGUGAGGGCUAUGAGUCCUCUGAAGACCAAUAUGUUCUGAGAGGUUCCUGUGGCUUGGAGUACCAAUUAGAUUACACAGAUCAUGGCCUGAAGAAAUCAAGAGAGUAUGGGAAAGGCUACGGCUUUAACUCAUUUUCUGAUUAUUACCAUAAGUUGCACUCCCCAGGUUCCAGUAGCAUCAGUGGGUUGAUUACUGUGGUGGUGCUGCUUGCUAUUGCGUAUGGAGUUUAUAAGAUGUUCCUUAGUGAUGGUCAAGAUCCACCUCCACCUUACUCUGAGCAUCCGCCAUAUUCCAACCAUUACCAGAGAUUCACCAACUCAGCUGGGCCUGCUCCUGCAGGCUUUAAGUCUGAAUUUACAGGACCACAGCCUUCAACUUUUGGUUUUGGCAGCGCUUUCACAGGCCAGCAGGGAGAUGCCAAUUCAGGACCAGGAUUUUGGACCGGCUUGGGAACUGGAGGAAUAUUAGGAUAUUUAUUUGGAAGCAAUAGAGCAGCAACACCCUUUUCAAACUCCUGGCACUACCCAUCAAAUCCUCCCUCAUACUCUGGUACAUGGAAUAGUCGGCCUUACUCACCACCUGGUACAAGCUCUGGUAGCUCAUAUCCCAACUCUGAGACAAGAACCAGAACGGCAUCAGGAUAUGGUGGUACCAGAAGAAGAUAAAGAUCAAAGGUGGAUGCAGACUUUUUCAU